AUGAAAAGAAGUUAUUACAUAGAUAUAACUAAUGAUCGUAUUAAAUGAUUCAAAUUAUAUUUAGCUUUGUAUGAAUAAUUGUAAAGUAAAUAAACAACAAGAAGAAAUAAAAAGUCAAAUGAUUUGAGAAUCAAAACAUAGCCUAGUAUGAAUAUGGAAAUUUAAGAUGCUCUCAAUUUUCAGGAGGAUUUUUAAUUGCCUUCAACAGCAACUAACAAUAGUUUAUUGAAAUAUAUCAAAAAGUAAGAACAUGAGUAAGAACAUUAAUUAAUAAAGAGUACAGUUAGUUAAAAAUAAACGAAGAUAAACAAAUGUUUCAAGAGAUAAUUCUGUUUGGCUUGGAGAUUUAUAAGAAUCAGUUCCAAAAAAUGAUGAUAUACCUGAAGUUUAAGUAUAAUUUUAAUUUUAAAAGAUGAUUAGGAAUUUCUAGAUGGUCGAACAAGAGAAUUAAUGAUAAGAACAAGUCAUGAAAAUAAAAAGAGAAUAUCUAAUAUUAUGUUAAGACUAGAAGAUAAUUAAAAAGAAUUAGUUUCAAGACAUAAGUCUUAUGUAAAUGAAUUAAAGUUUAGUUCUUAUAAUUAAGAAGUUUAAAAUUAAGAACUAGAACAUUUUAUAACUCUUGGUUAGAAUGAUAAUCCUAACCUUAAUAUAAAAUUAAUAAGUUCAAAAAUCUUAUAAUCAGGAAGAAAUUCCUCUUAUUAAGGUCAUAGAUAACCAUUGAAAUAAUUAAAUUUGCAGCAAGUUAAAGAAAAAAUUAUAUUAGAUAUGUUACGAAAGGAUGUAAAUUGUAAAUCAGAUCCUUUGAGAAUGCAAUUUUUCAAUUUAUAUCGAAUUAUUAUAUAAAAUAGAACAAUAAAAUCAAGAAAGGAGAAAGAAGUUAUGGAUUUAGUUAAUAAAAGUGAAUCAUAAAGAAAAGAGACGAUUUAUGAAAAAAGAUAAUUAUGGAAUUUAAAUAGAAUGAGAUUUACAUUUAGAGAGAAAGAAUCAAAUAGAUCAUUAUUGAAUAAAAGUUUAGAUGAUAGAAUGAAUAAAAAUUAAAUAUAAAAAAAGAACUUUAAGAAAUUCCUUGAAUAAUUGAAAAUAAGUUAAUUAAUUUUAAAUUCAAGUAUGAAAGAAUAAUUGGAAAGAUUAAGAUAAAAAUUAUUGAAUUAAUAAAUACUAUAACUUAGUGAUAUAAGAAGCUUUGAAAGAACUUCACUUCAUAGAUUAUUAAUAUAAUACUUAAAGUUAUGA